AUGCCAGCAGUUACCUCAACAACUGCUGACGAACAAAAUGAGAACGAUCAAAAGAUGUGGAAUGCUCUCAAAAGAUACAUAACACGAGAAAGACAGAGAAAGAAGGAAGAAUAUGAAGCUGAGGUUGAAGAAGAGAGGUUACGAAAAGAACGGGAGGCCAGAGAGAGACAAGAUGUUAUGACACUCGAGGAAACAAAAGAACAAAUAGAGCAGUUAGAACAAAAAUUAAAACAAUUAGAGAAAGAGAAACAACAGCUCUUUAUGCAGUUGAAGAGAGUGUUGAAUGAGGACGAAGUUAGAAAGAGACAGCAACAGAAGGAGGCUAAUGAGAUGCAACCGAUGAAGAUGCCGCUGGGUAAUAUCCAAAUGCCAAUGUUUUCCAUGCCCUCCUCCCAGGGUCAGGGUGAACCACCACCGUCACAAGGUCGCCCUCAACACAUGAAUUCCCAUAUGCUGAAUAAGCAAACUAUUGUUCGUGGUCCUAUACAGUCUGGUGUCAAACGACAGCGAUCUCCGUCACCCACAUACGCUCUAUACGCCCAUCGGCUGCACCAGCCCGCCAUGAAACAACAUACUGUAUAUUCGGAUCAUAAACUAGAAGACGGUCGCAUGGGCCGACAAAUGGCUCGCGCGGUAUUGUGGAACAAAACGUCGCAGUACCCUUCAAACGUAAGCGGUUCCAGCGUGUCAUCUGGUGGAUAUUACGCUAUGCAGACCAGCGUUGUAGGCGUGGUCGCAGAACGCCCGCCCCCAUUAUUAUAUGCCCAUCACGCUCACACGCCUCAUACUCCUCACACUCCGCACACUCCACACCAUUCGAACUUAAUGUAUGCGCCGGCGCCGCAGUCACAGCUAUAUCUUGAUAUGCUGAAGAAUAGAGAUGGGCAGCAACACCCGGAGCCGAAGAAGGAUCAACAAGCACCGCAAGUGCUGAUUGGGCUAAGUGAAGCACAUCAUCCAACAGUCUCGAGUGGGGUGGUGUACGCACAGCCACCUGUCUCCCGACACAUCGCCAUACACCCACCACAACAUAAUAGCAUACAGACGAAACCAGGCAGUAUCACCCAAGGAUAUCCAGUGCAGCAGUCCAAUCCUAACGUACAGAACCCAAACAUAUACCCCAGCAGACACCGGUAUUAG